CCGCCAUGAGCCGCCUGCGGGAGGAGGAUGACCCGUACGUGGUGGAGGAGCCCAGCGACGAGGAGCGAGCGCUCAGCAGCUCUGAAGAUGAGGUGGAUGUGCUCUUGCAUGGCACUCCUGACCAGAAGCGGAAGCUGUUACGGGAGUGCCUGACUGGGGAGAGUGAAUCUUCCAGUGACGAUGAGUUCCAGAAGGAGAUGGAGGCAGAGCUCAACACCACCGUGAGAAACAUAGAAGGCAAAUGGAAAUCACCAGAAAUGGGUACUUCUUCAAGUACUGGGCAGGCUGGAUCUGCUACCACUCCAAAGUACUAUGAUGACAUUUACUUUGAUUCUGAUUCAGAAGAUGAAGACAAAACAGUUAUGCAAGAUGUCCAGAAAAAAAGGAAACAUCAACAACGUCGGAUUCUUACCAAUGAUGAGCUGCUAUAUGACCCAGAAGAAGACAGUCGAGAUCAAGAGUGGGUAGACUCGCAGAGAAGGAGGUACCGUAAUCAGAGAAGAGUGCUGCAGCCACAACAGACAAAAUCUUCAUCUGUUCCAAACAGCGAUGCUGUUUUAAAUUGUCCUGCCUGCAUGACAACUUUAUGCCUGGACUGUCAGAGACAUGAAUCUUACAAAACACAGUACAGGGCAAUGUUUGUGAUGAACUGCUUUGUUAACAAAGAAGAAAUUUUGAAAUACAGAAAGAAGAUAAAAAAAAGAAAUAAGAAGAGGAAGCACAGCGAAGAAACUGCUCCUGUACAGUCAAAUCAAGAAGAGGAAGAAGUGUAUCAUCCAGUAUUAUGUACUGAAUGUUCAACUGAGGUGGCAGUGAUGGAUAAAGAUGAAGUUUUUCACUUCUUCAAUGUUCUAGCCAGCCACAGCUAAUAUGCAAAAGCAGAAAAAAAGUGCUCUCUUUAAGAUUGUGUGAAGUAUCAGAAGUGCAGGCCCAUUAGUCUUUUUAAAAUACGUUCUUUAAAUGUACAUUUUUAUCAGAGAACUUUAUAGUGGUUGGACUUCUGACACUAUUGUUGUAUUCCUUUUUAUGAAAGGAAUACUGUUAACUGCUUGCAUUUGAGAGUGAUAUUCUUUUACACUGUCAGGUGGUUGCAUUGUUGAGGAUUUAAUGUUUUGUAAAUACAGUGUAAGAUCUGUGUAUUAUGAUCAUUCCCUGUGUAUGUACUGCCCAUUACCUCAAUAUGUAUUAGAACUAUUGCUUAGAAUAAAUACUGUAUAAGCUGGUU